AUGAUCGUCAACAAUAACAAACUUUCCAACUUAUAUUCAUUCGGGAUCCGAUCUCAAAGCCAUUCAAGAAGAAUCAAGCUACAAUAUGAAGAAGAUAAAGAAGAAGAUGAGGAGGGUGGUGAUCUGGUUACAAAAAAAGAAGGGUUUGGAGGUGCCACAUGUUGGAGGUGUAGGGAAAUAAUCCAUAUGUACCAUAGGUACUGCUACACAUGCACCAUUUGUUCAUCAUCAUGUGAUGAUAAGAAGGUCUUCUCACUUCACAAAUUUUGUGGUGAGUUGCCACCAAGGUUGGAGAAAACAUUACACAGACAUCCUCUUAUCCAACAACUGGCACCGGCUUAUAAUUGCAUCUGUCAGAUUUGUGAGAGCAGUGACAUGUAUCCAGAAACACAAAUGUUUUACAAGUGUGAUGACUGUUUUAAUUUCUACAUUGAUGUCAAGUGUGCCCUGGAAGUAGGAAAAAAUAUCAUCUAUCAUCCUUCCCACCCUCACUUGCUAAUAUGUUCCAUCCCUAAGCCCAUUUUAUGCCUCUGUAGUGCUUGUGGGAAGGAACAUAAAGGCAUCUUCUAUCAAUGUAGUACCACUUGUGGUGGCUUCACCAUACACACUGAAUGUGCUUUCCUACCACAUAAAUUGCUCAUCCAACAGAGAACACAUGGUUCUUUUUAUCAUACCCAUCCCCUCACCAUUUUAUAUUCCUUCCCCAGAGAAGAUCAAAAAGCUAAACAUUUUCCCAGAUGCAGAGUAUGUGGUGAUGAUUUUUAUCGUAGAGAGGAUCUUUGGAGUUACAAAUGCGAUAAAUGUCUCUACUACGUCCAUCUGAACUGCGUAAGAGUGCCUCCGCGUGCUGACCUUAGCAAAACCAUUAAAAAUUAUGAAGAUGUUGACCAUCCUGGUCUUCUCCAUCUCCCAUUCCCUGAUGAAACAUACAGCCUACCAAAACACUACUUGUUUUUCCAACAAACCACUAAUGAUGAUGAUCAUCAUCAUAAGAUUAAGGUGGAUGAUCGCCUAACACACAAGAGUCAUCAACACCCUCUGAUUCUAGUUGAUCAUGGGCAAACCUCCUUUUCCUCCUCAAAUUCUUUGUUAUUAAUAAAGUGUCAUGACCCAAUGGAAAAGACCCAACUGCUAUGCAACGCAUGUCUCAGACCAAUCAUGUCCACCAUGCCUUUUUACAAAUGCCCUCACCAGAGUUGCAAUGACUUUGCUCUCCAUGAGUGGUGCACUCGACUCCCCCCAAUAAUACAAAACCACCCGGGCCACCCGCAACAUACCCUCAAUUUCAUCUUCUCAAACGAUCUUCCUUUCUUUUUCGGUGUGUUCAAUUGUAAGGUUUGUUAUCUACAUUGCAACGGAUUUGUGUAUGGUUGCGUCGGAUGUGAAUACUAUGUGGAUGUUACAUGUGGGUUUAUACCUAAAGAAAUCACACACAAAGCUCACCCCAAUCACCUUCUUUCACUAGUUCAAACAAAAGGAAUCGGUCGUAAUUCUUGUCAUAUCUGUCUCGGAUCCAUUUAUAAGCGUGGACUUUCAUUCUUAUGCAUCACUUGUGGUAUUGUUAUACAUCCGGAAUGUGCUUUGUUAUUAGCCGAAACAGUGAGGCACAAGUAUGACGAGCAUCCAAUGCAACUAAGUUACCUCCCGAUUGAGAACCACAAGAGUGAAUACUUUUGUGAAAUCUGUGAGGAAGAUUUGAAUCCUCAUCAAUCUUUCUAUCAUUGUCAAUCUUGUGCUCAGUCCAUACAUACCGCUUGUGCUCCGUCAAUACUUAAGAGCGAGACACAUGAUGAUUGCUACUUGGCCAAGGGCGUUAAUGAUUUCGUGAAUAUAAAGUUUGGUGGUAUUUUCAACACCAGCCAUCACCAACACCCUCUCUCAUUUGCUCAAGGCAUUGCGUCGGAUGGAAAAUGCAAAAGGUGUCCUGAAAGAUUACAGUACUCCAUGAUCUUUAAAUGUCUCAAGUGUAACUUUUCAAUUCAUUACCACUGUUUAUGAUAUACUACGAAUGAAGUUUUUUGGUCUCUCUGAAACCAAAUAUGAUUUGUAAUUGUCAUUACUCUUUCUUAUACUAUAUCCCCUUUGUAUUAUUUCAUGUCUAUGAUGAUACAAUAAGGUAAAUGAAUUUAACGUG